ACCACGCCCAAGCACCCCAUUUUGAGAGGAAAAACUCUGCAAGUAUUCAUCUUCCAUAGCUGGAUACGAGCUCAGGGAAGGAAGGUCCAAAAGAGGAAGAUUAAAGAGAGAAAAAGUUGGGAAAAGUGUGAAUAAUUAAGGCACUUGUAAAGGGUAUUUCAAGUGAUUUCACAAAGUUGGAAAAGUCGCCGGAAUUGUCGCCGGAGUUGACCAAAAGUCGCCGGAGUUUCACCGGAGUUCAACCAAGAAGGGUAGAACUUCAUACGCUAGUUCAAGGUUGAAGCUAGGGCUUGCUACCUGCACCUUUCUACGGGUGACAUCAAAUCAAGGAAGACGUGAAAUGGAGGGCAGGCGAAUGCGGACCAGGAACAAUCCGAGGGGGCAGGCGCCGGUAACAUCCCAAAGGGGAAGCCGGGCUGCAUCUCGGGGUUCAAGAGGAGGCCGUGGAGGCCGUGGAAGCCGUGGAGGUCAUCAAGCUUAAACUGUGAGUGAUGGCCAUGUAAGCUCGGUGUAUGAAACCAACACCGAGGACUAUGACUCUACGUAUGUUCCUGAGACAGAGCAUGAGGAGACCCCAUAUGAUGGGGGUGACACAUACACCGAUGAGGACAAUGAUGAAAGUGAUGCCCGCUUCGCCCAAAUGGGUGAAUUACUUGAGUGGUAUCAAAAGGAGAAACUGAGGAGAGACCUUAGGCGCCAAGCGAGGCGUGGCUCUCGUGGUGGUUCGGGUCAAGGGAGCCGGGGAGCUUCCGUGGCCACCCCAGCGGCGUCACAAGGUGGGCGUGAAGGAGGUUUUGUUGUGAGAAUCUCCAAGUACCUCAAGGAGGCUAGGGCCUUGGGGUGUAGGUCCUUUGACGGCACCGGUGACAUUACCGUUGCCGCCGAUUGGAUUAAGAAGGUGAAGGAUGCAUCAAGAGACAUGCAAAUCACACCGGACGUGAAGUUGACUGUCGCUUCACGGCUACUUGAAGGGAUAGCCUCUACGUGGUGGGAGAGCGUGGAAGGAAAGUACCAUGGUGAAAUAACAUGGGCGGACUUUGAGCUAGAGUUCUAUGCUCAAUACUACUCCGAGUACGAGGUGAAUGUGAAACGGAGAGAGUACACUAACCUCAAACAGAAAGAUGGCGGCACGGUUAAGCAGCUGGAACAAGAGUUUAGAACCUUGGCGAGGUUCUUGCCAGAGUACGCGGUUGAUGAGAACCGCAUGACGGAGCACUUCUGGGAUGCAUUACUCUUGGAUAUCCGUGACCGAGCUACGUACUCUCGCCACAUGUCAUUUAGCG